AUGUCAAAAAACUUUGUUGAAUUGAAGAAAGCUGGCCUGCUUGUCUGGAACUUGAUUGUAAUUAUAUGUCGGAUAUUUGAGGAUGGAAACACUGUGGAACUUUUAACAGGUGCCUCCCUUGACAGAUGGAGUAAGGAGAAACUCGGUUUAAUCUGUGUGUGUUUGGAAAGCAUCAUGAGAGAGCAGACAAGUAGCCCUAAUCAAAUGACCCAAAAGGUCAUACAGAGCAUUGAGCAGCAAAAGCCCAACUGGAUUGAAUGCCAAUUGUUGAAAGCCAGAAAAUUGAGCACUGAGUGUGCGUUUAUGACAAUAGAGGAAAGCACCGUUUUAGAAGAAGGAGAUAUUGCUCUUGAACUGACUGAGCAGAAAAUAAACACGAUGGUCCUGGAUAUCUGCCACAAACCAGGUGGCAGCGAGUACCUGAGGCAAAUUUAUCACAUCAUGCAGCUCAAUGAGGAAUAUUUGAAAGAACAGCUGUUUUCAAUGAGUAGUUCAGAGGAAAAGCCAUUACCGAUCCGACCUUUAAAGAUGACCUUGAGGCGAGUGGAAGCUCAGCCUUCUGCCUUUAACCCUUUCCAUGUGCAUAAGGUGUUUAGUGAAAACAUGCUUGAUCAGUCAGUCAUCACAAAAUGGAACUGGAAUUGGUCAAACUUGCUGCCAAAUUACCUGAGACUGGAUAAAAUGACCUUCGGUACACUGUUCAAAAACAGGUGGGAAAUGAGGAAGGAUGAAACACUAGAAGAAGAAGAAAAGGCAAUGCUGGAACAUUUAAAACAAGUUUAUACCAUACAGGGCUCUUGUGCCUCAGAUAACACAGAGCACCAAUAAUCUGCAGAAAAUCGUGACAGCAGUAUUUUAAGAUAAAAUCACAAGUAAUGGAGAAGGAUUUUUACCAUAGUGAUAAUAUACCUCAGAGGUGCUGUGGAGCAUGAAACUGAUGACUGGGAAAUGACAGUGCUGGAGUGGAAUACAGCACAUAUAGAAUAAG